AUGAAUUCAAUACUUAAGCCAUUGGUACUAAUCUACCAGUUCUUUUAUAGAGUAUUUUGGUCAGGAUUAAAUCAAAGAAAUAUCUUUCAAUUGAUUCUAAAUUUUUGUAUAAACUUUAGUCCUGUAUUCAUAUGGUUAUUAAUAUUUAAAAAUGCCGGAUUGAUUCCUCAUAAAAUACGUCCCAAAAUUCAUGUUUCCUUGGCUUAUCAUGUAGAUACUUUUAUGUUUAGUACUAUACAAGGUGGAAUCACUACUAUUAUUUGUCUAUUAGGUUUAAGUAUUGCUUUAUACCGUUUGGUUUAUCAACGUAAGACUAAAUCCCAUCAAAAUAAUACUACUUAUAUUCCUUUGCAAAAUCAAGGAGAACAACAAGAAUAUAAUGAGAAUACCAAUCCAUAUGAAGAUGAUUUCAGAUUAUCUAGUUCGGACUCCGCAAGUGAUGUUGAAUUAGAAUCAUUUCCAAAAGAAUUAUCAAAAGCUAUUGAUCCACCACCAUUGGAUUUUCAAAAUGAUCAUCACCAUCAACCAUUUGUAUUAAUUCCAAAUUUAACACCUAUUGAAAUUGGUGCUAUGGCUCAAUCAAUAAAUGAAAAAAUCAUUGAAAAUCAUCAAAAAACAGGAAUUUAUUCACCAAUUAAUUGUUGGUAUUUCUUACCUCCUUUAUUAAUAUCUACAAGUUGGUUUAUUUUAAAUUUUGUUCAUUGGUUAAAAGAUCCAAUUAGACAAUGGGAAGAUUAUAUGGCAUGGGUUUCAUAUGUUUUAGGUCAUAUUACUGUUCCUAUAGUUACAGCUGUUUGGUUAUAUGUAUUUCAAGCUCCAGGAGCACUUAAAUCUUAUUCAUUAGCUCUUGGAUUAAUGAAUAUUUGUGGUGUUUUAACUCAUUUAGUAUUUCCAAAUGCUCCACCUUGGUUUAUUCAUUUAAAUGGUGAAGAUGCUUAUGCAGAUUAUGAUACACCAGGUUAUGCAGCUGGUUUAAUCAGAGUUGAUGUAGCUUUAGGUACUCAUAUUACAUCAAAAGGAUUUCAUGCUUCUCCAAUUGUAUUUGGAGCUUUACCUUCAUUACAUUCAGCUAUGGCAGUUAUGACAUUUUUAUUUGUUGGAUAUUAUGCAAGAUGGACAAUAAUUAAAUUAUUGGCGUUUUCAUUUGUUUGUAUUCAAUGGUGGGCUACUAUUUAUUUGGAUCAUCAUUGGAGAUUGGAUUUGAUUUGUGGGAUGAUGUAUUCUAUUACUUGGUUUACAAUUAUUUAUAAAUUACGAAUCAUUAAAUCAGAUGCUAAAUUUGUUAAACUGAGAUUAAGUUAUGAUUUUAAUAAUGGUAGUACCAUGGGAAUGAGAGUUUUCAGAAAUACUAAAUUGCAAAGCUUUUUUGAUCCUUUAAGUUAA